AUGGCUCCUCUCACUUCCCUGAGGGAUUUCUUGGUCCUGUUCCUGGUCCUUAUACCCCUGGGUGAAGUGUUCGCCAGCAUCCCUAGGAAGACCGUACAAUAUGACAAUGCUAAGAUUUUCAGAGAGAAUGGCAUUUCAAACUAUUCAACGAUGACAUUGAGAGAGGACCUGGGUGUCCUUUUCAUUGGUGCUAGAGACGCUGUAUACGCCCUGGACCUUGAGGACAUCUCCUCGAAAAAGGCUGGGGUCUACUGGCAGGUCUCAGAGGAGCAGAACACGUCCUGUAAGAGAAAGGGAAAAGAUUCAAUGGAAUGUCAAAACUACAUCAAGACACUUCAGACUCUCCACGAUGGCAGGAUGUUGGUGUGUGGGACCAACGCAUACAACCCCACAUGUGACUAUAUGACCUACUACGCAAACGGAACAUUGACCCUGGAAGGGAAGAAGGAAGAGGGGCGAGGGAAAGUUCCCUUUGACCCCUUCCAGAGGUCAACCUCGGUCAUGGUUGGGACAGAACUAUAUUCAGCCACGGCGGUCAACUUCCUGGGUACUGAGCAGGUGUUGCAGCGUCAUUCCUCCCCGGCUAUCAGGACCGAACACAGACAGUCCUGGCUUAACAAGCCCUCCUUCGUACAGCUGGACGUUGUCCCCGAGAGCAUGAACAACCUCGAUGGGGAUGACGAUAAAGUCUAUAUGUUCUUUAGUGAGGAGGCCAUGGAGUUUGACCUGCCAGCUCAGAUCAGGGUCUCUCGUGUGGCACGGGUCUGCAAGGGGGAUUUGGGUGGUCAGAGGACCUUACAGCAAAAGUGGACGUCCUACCUGAAGGCACGUCUUGACUGCCCCGUGCCCCUGGAACCCAGCCUGCCAGCCAUCAUUCAGGAUAUCUUCCUCCUGAAAGACCAGGAUUGGAGGAAGAGCGUGUUUUACGCUGUUUUCAGCCCGCAGACAACCACGUCGGAUCUCUCCACUGUGUGUGCGUUCAGCGUGGCUGACAUUGGGAAAGUCUUCUCUGAGGGUAGGUAUAUGACUCAGGUGACAAUGGAGUCAGAAACAAGGUGGGUUACCCACACCGGAGAGGAGCCUGUCCCACGACCUGGAACGUGUAUGACCAAUGCUGUGCGGGACCUCGGGAUUGAGCACUCGCUGGACCUCCCUGACAAGACCCUGCAGUUCGUCCGUGACCAGCCACUCUUGGAGGGAGCAGUGCCUCCGCUGACCGGGGGGCCACUGGUGCUGCAGAGGGGAGCCAAGUUGUCGGUGAUUGUUGUGGACAGAGUCAUGGCCGUGGAUGGAGAAAUCCACCACGUUAUGUUUAUUGGAACAGAGGAGGGCACGGUGCAGAAGGCUGUGCAGUACGCUGCUGGUGACACCAUCAUUAUCCAAGAGACCCAGGUGUUCCAGACUCUGGAGCCAAUCAAAGUGCUGCGUCUCUCCUCUGGCACGGGACAGCUCUAUGCAGGCUCAGGGUCUGGAGUGGUCCAGAUUCCAGUUAGGGACUGUGGUCGGUAUGGGUCCUGUCUGGACUGUAUCCUGGCCAGAGAUCCCUACUGUGCCUGGGACACCACCUUAGCAGCCUGCUCAUCUGUCCUCAACUUACCCACUGGCUCCAGGAACAUGUACCAAAGCCUUAAACAUGCGGAUGCCUCGAUGUGCCCCCGAUCAGUCCCUGUGAAGCCAGUUACAUUACCAUUUAAUGUUGGGAGCUCCAUCCACCUGACCUGCCAACCAACAUCCAACCUGGUACAGGUGAGCUGGCACUUUGCUAAGCAGCCCCUCCAGCUGAGAGACAGGUACCAGAUGUUGAGCCAGGGCUUGUUGAUAGUGAGUGCCCUAGCUUCAGACGCUGGUCGGUACACCUGCCAGAGUCUGGAGGAGGUCAAAGGUCGACUCUACACCAGGACAGAGGCUGCCUACAUCCUGCAGCCCACAAAGACUCUACUGGUCCUGCAGUUAUCUGUGGCUCUGCUGUCUGUGCUGCUGGGGGUUGUGGUCCUCUGGAGUGUCAGGGGACACGUCAGACUCAGGGCCAGAAUUCACCCAGCAGAACCCGGCCAGAACAACAACAACAACUGGAGAACAGACCCUGGUUGUGUCCCUGGGUCUGACAUCUGA